GCAGAUGGACCUAGCAUGAUCACACAAUGUCCAAUUCGUCCUGGAAAUAAAUACACCUACAAAUUCAGAAUCAUUAAACAGGAGGGAACCCUCUGGUGGCAUGCUCAUGUUUCAUGGCUCCGUGCCACCGUUCACGGUGCACUCAUUAUCCGUCCCAGAGCCGGCCACUCUUAUCCAUUCCCUAAGCCGUACAAGGAAGUUCCCAUCAUAUUAGGUGAGUGGUGGAAUGCUAAUGUCGUUGAUGUGGAGAACCUGGCACUUGCCACUGGCGCUGCUCCUAACAUUUCAGAUGCUUAUACAAUAAACGGAUGGCCUGGUGAUCUCUACCCAUGCUCUAAAAAAAAAAUGUACAAGCUUAAGGUGGAGCAAGGGAAGACCUAUCUCUUACGUAUUAUCAAUGCUGCACUCAAUAACCAGCUUUUCUACAAGAUAGCCAAUCAUAAGAUGACAGUUGUGGCCAUUGACGCCAGCUACACCAAGCCUUAUGUCACCGACGUUGUGGUUUCCGGCCCUGGCCAGACAGUCGACGUUUUACUAACAGCGGAUCAGCCGGUUGGGUCGUAUUACAUGGGCGCUAUACCAUAUGCAAGCGCGGCUGUACAGUUCGAUAAUACUACAACAAGGGGUGUCAUCGACUAUGAUGGUGCUCCGUCAUCAGCAACACCGCUAAUGCCAGCCCUCCCGGCAUUCAAUGACACCCCCACGGCGAACAAGUUUUACACCAACAUUACCGGGUUGGUUGGUGGGCCUCAUUGGGAACCGGUCCCACGUAAGGUGGACCAUAAGAUGUUCGUUACCAUUGGAUUGGGGCUCCAGGUCUGCCCAGCAAACUCAACUUGCCAAGGUCCAAAACUCUCUGCCAGCAUGAACAAUAAAUCUUUCGUGUUACCUACCAGCUUGUCUUUGUUGCAAGCCUUUUUCUUCAACGCCAGUACUGGAGUUUACACCACUGAUUUCCCUGCCGAGCCCCUAAUUAAAUUUGACUACACCAACGCUAGCAUUAACAACAACCAACUGCUGCUCUUUCCUCCAAAAGGAACCAAGGUCACCAAGCUUAAGUUCAACUCAACUGUGGAGAUAAUCUUUCAGAACACAGCUAUCCUUGCAGUGGAGAACCAUCCCAUGCACCUCCAUGGUUUUAACUUCCAUGUAUUGGCUCAAGGGUUUGGAAACUAUAACCAUACCGCGGUUAGAAAGAAGCUCAAUUUUAUCAACCCACAAAUACGAAACACUAUUGGUGUGCCAGUAGGAGGAUGGGCUGUCAUCCGAUUCACAGCUAAUAAUCCAGGUGCAUGGAUAAUACAUUGCCACCUAGACAUGCACCUGCCAUUGGGCCUGGCCACUGCCUUCCUGGUUGAGAACGGACCAACUCCGGCAACUACCUUGCCUCCACCGCCGGAGGAUCUACCACGAUGCUAGAGAUAUAUAGCCAUAGUUGAUGGACUAAAGAAGUUGGAAGUUCUUUUUUUAUGCUA